AUGUCCCGGACACAUCCUCUCGAUCUACAUGAGAUUCGCUCAAGAAUUGCCAGCAGCCUUGGCCUCAAAGACCUCGCGUCUUGCGCGCGUGUGAGUCAGGAUUGGAACGACUCAUUUACACCGCCACUCUACAACUUUGUCGUAUUGUCGAAUCUUGGCAUCAGCAUGGAAUCUGUCGAGAAAAACAAGCACCUUAUACGACGCCUGGAGAUUCAGAGAUCUGCCUAUGAAACACAAUCAUCGACAACCGCACAAGACAAUGUAGUUAUGAGUGUAAUGGUUAACUCGACUCUGGCCACUUUGAUCUUAAAAAAAACCUUGAUCGGAGACAACGGAGCUCAGGCGCUGGCUGAGGCACUCAAGACCAACUCGACUCUGACCACUUUAAAAAUGAGUUACAACUCGAUCGGAGACAACGGAGCUCAGGCGCUGGCUGAGGCACUCAAGACCAACUCGACUCUGACCACUUUGAAAAUGAGUUACAACUCGAUCGGAGACAACGGAGCUCAGGCGCUGUCUGAAGCACUCAAGACCAACUCGACUCUGACCACUUUGGACUUGUUUUACAACUCGAUCGGAGACAACGGAGCUCAGGCGCUGGCUGAGGCACUCAAGACCAACUCGACUCUGACCACUUUGGACUUGUUUUACAACUCGAUCGAAGACAACGGAGCUCAGGCGCUGUCUGAAGCACUCAAGACCAACUCGACUCUGACCACUUUGAAAAUGAGUUACAACUCGAUCGGAGACAACGGAGCUCAGGCGCUGGCUGAGGCACUCAAGACCAACUCGACUCUGACCACUUUGGUCUUGGAAUACACCUCGAUCGGGGAGAACGGAGCUCAGGCGCUGGCUGAGGCACUCAACACCAACUCGACUCUGACCACUUUGGGCUUGCAGAUCAACAAUAUCGGAGACAACGGAGCUCAGGCGCUGUCUGAAGCACUCAGGACCAACUCGACUCUGACCACUUUGAACUUGAAGAGCAACAAGAUCGGAGACGACGGAGCUCAGGCGCUGUCUGAGGCACUCAAGACCAACUCGACUCUGACCACUUUGGACUUGACUGGCAACUCGAUCGGACCCAACGGAGCUCAGGCGCUGUCUGAGGCAUUCAAGACCAACUCGACUGUAGCCAUUUUGGGUAUCACGCAGGUCAACAUGUUUAACAAAGUGUCAUCCAAGCGAAGUCCCCUUCCGCCGCAGAAGGAGCUGGAGCUUGUCAACAUUUAUCUGGAGCAAGGCCGCACCGUCAGCGAGGAAGGGAAGCACGAGAUCGCGCUUGUGCUAUGUGAGGAGGCGGAGGCAUCGUUAUCCCAAAUGAAGAAAGGUGUGAAAGUCGCCGAGGCCGUCCAGGACGUUACGGAUCUCCGCCAUGGUAUCGCUUGUGCUUUUGUCAAGCUCAGUAAACUCUUGGACGAACUGAAGAAGCAGGAAAGAGCAAAAAAGAGCUACAAGAAGGCACAGGAGUGGGGAUACACCGAGGCGGAGGAGUUGUCCGUCUCGACUUUGCCGUCCCUUGAGACUGCAGUUUCCAUCGCGAUUCAGCCGCCCCUUGAAGCCUCGGUUUUUGUCGCUGCUCAGCCGUCACUCAAGACCACCAAAACAACCCAGCGGUUACUCAAGACCACAGCGUCUACCGCAGUUCAGCCGCCACUCGAGACUUCAAAUUCCGUCGCAACUCAGCCAGCGCUCUGCAGAUCGGCCACCAUUGAUAUCGACGUGUCUGUCAUUGGUGACUUUUUUGUCCAAGACAAGAACCCGCCUGUAAUCGAGUACAAGCUACCAGAAUCAGAUGAGCGUCUUGUCAACACGCACCAGCUUGUCUAUUGCCUUGGGCUCUUGAAAGCUCCGCCGUCGUCGGACGACCUUCGUCAGAACUCUGCCCUCAGCUGGGUCCAAGCAACACGAAACAAUGAAGACGAGCAGGAAAGGCUGAACACCUUGACGACGAAUCUAGUCCGCGCAUUCAUCCGAGAUGAGUUGAAGGGUCCAACGGCUAUUGCGGAGGUCGCAUGCUUGGCCCCAUUCCUCAACAGGGACGACUUUCGAUGCCUGCUGGAACUGUUUAUCGGCAGCAUUGAAAAAUCCACCUUGCUGGAUAUCCAUUCUCUUGAGGGACUGGCCAAGCUGGUACAGGGCGCGAACGAGGGCUACCUCGAGGCGGCUGAUCUAGUCAAGAUCCUGGGAGUCCUCAAUACACGCUUGCAAACCACCCACGCGCAAACUCAAAGCUAUAUCUAUCAGCUCAUGUUGGCCGUGUCGCGCGUCCUGGACGCCAUGGCCGACUGCAAGGUCGAGGGCUUGGAUCGUGUAACUCUUCACGAACGCCUUUCUGGAUAUAUCGACAAGCUGAAAGGCAGCGCCGACCCCCAUAUGGUGUACCUGGCCGCCUAUGCCUUUCAGGCUCUGGAGUGUGUACCUGACAACGAAAGCCCCUGGCAGGCCACAAAACGGCGCACAGGAAACGUGAUGCAGGGCGUCUUCAGUUUGGUGAAGGCGGCGAAGGGCCUGGAUAUUGAUAGCUUUCUGGAAGGCAUACGACAUAUCGAAGACGGCCUGGAUGGAGCGGUCAAGGUCUUCCAAACUCUCCAAGAUGGUUACAACAAUGUCACUGCACUGGUAGACAGUGGCCAGGGCCUGUUUGAAGCACUCAGAGAUGGUCUCAGUUUUGACAGCAAACGUUCCUGGUACUCGGCUUUGCGAGGCAUAGACAGGGUGCUCCGGGACGGCCAACUCUCCAAGUUCAGGACCCUCGUCCUCGAGGCUCCAUGCCGACGCAGCCUUGCUUUUCAGUGGGGAGUGUGCCAGCGCUUAGGAGAUCUUGCAGCCAAUACAGCCUGGGAUGCAGAGUCGCGUGAGGACGCACUAGAGUUCCUGGCGGAGAUCUAUCAGAAUGAUGCCGUCUGGGGCCAUCACGAACACAUCAAGCAAAAGAUCUUGGAUAUCCUUUUACACUUGCAGCAGCAGUCUGAGAACGCCAUCCAAGCGUUUGAUAGCGCAACUGCCAGAAAAGUGCUGCAGAGACUGGGACGCAAUGGCGAUAAAGCAAGGCAAGCACUUUACAGUGAUUGUCUGGAGCAGGGUCCCAGCAAACACCCAUUGAAGAUCUCACAACCGCCAUUCGCGCCCCUAACCUUGCUAGAUCGCGUCCAGAACAAGCCCGAUGUCGAGGAAGAUUUGCGAAAGCUGAGGCAGCGGAGACUGAAGGAGCGAGGAGAUGCCGUCUAUAUCCCCCCUCAAGCCAAGGCCAAUUUGAAAGCGUCGGACGACGUCCUGUUUGCCUUGACGGAAAAGGUCGAGGAGUUCCUAGCCAGCACCGACCAGAAGGUGCUGCUUCUACUUGGCGAUUCGGGAUCGGGAAAGUCAACAUUCAAUCGCGAGAUCGAGCACAACUUGUGGCUAAAGUACGAGAAAGCCACAGGCCGGAUCCCACUUUACAUCAACCUGUCUGCCAUCGACAGACCAGAACAGGAUAUGAUUGCCAAGCAACUGCGCAAGUUUGAGCUCUCUGAUUCUCAGAUUCGAGAGUUGAAGACCCAGCGCAAGUUUGUCUUGAUCUGCGAUGGAUACGACGAGAGUCAAGAGAAACACAAUCUGUACACGACCAACCGCCUGAACCAGACAGGAGAAUGGCAGGUGCAGAUGGUGGUCAGCUGCCGUAGCGAAUACAUUGGGAUGGACUAUCGCGAUCUCUUCCAGCCGUCAACCGACACCACACAGUUUCAAGAGGCUGUCAUUACUCCCUUCUCCAGGGCCCAAGUCAAUGACUACUUGGCAAAGUAUGUGAUCACCAAGGCGCCGCUGUGGACCACGAAACAGUACGUGGAUGUGUUCGACCAGAUUCCCAGUCUUCAAGAGCUGGUCAAGAAUCCAUUCCUGUUGACGCUUUCUCUGGAGGUUUUGCCCCGACUCGUGGAUCCAGGCAAUAAUCUCAAGGCCACCAGGGUCACGAGGGUCACUCUGUAUGACGAAUUCGUUGGGCUUUGGCUGGAGCAAGGAAAAAAACGACUUGGGAACAAGGACCUGAACCCACAAGCACGAGCCGACUUUAACAGAUUGACCGAUGAAGGCUUUACUCAGAACGGCAUCAGUUUCUUGAAGGACAUGGCAAGUGCAAUCUACAAGAACCAGGCGGGCAAUCCUGUGGUGACCUAUUCCCGUAAACAAGACCAUGGGAAAUGGAAAGAAGCAUUCUUCUCCCGAGAGAAUGAGAGUCAGCUCUUGCUGGAAGCCAGUCCGCUUACACGCAGUGGAAUCCAGUACCGUUUCAUCCACAAGUCCCUGCUAGAGUAUUUCUUUGCACGCUCAGUCUUUGAACCCCAGGAAGGCAAGGAGAAAUCCGUUCAAGCUGCAGCUCCAGCUAGACGGGGGAGUGUCAGCUCUGAUUUCAGCUUUGACGAUCAACUGGUGCCAGAGGAGGACGUCGAGCCAGUCACAACCCAGCCUUGUACAGCCGAUCAUCCUUUGUCGUGGAGAAGUUUUGUGGCAGAGCCCUCCGUUCUGGACUUUUUAUCCGACCGCGUGCAGCAAGAGCCACUCUUCAAGGACCAACUUCUCGCUAUGAUUGAACAAUCCAAAUUCAACAAAGCGAUGCGUAAGGCAGCGGCCAAUGCCAUCACGAUUUUGGUCAGAGCUGGCGUACGAUUUAAUGGGGCGGAUUUGAAAGGCAUCCAGAUUCCACGAGCUGAUUUGAGUGGCGGGCAGUUCGAUUUCGCUCAGCUGGAAGGGGCAGAUUUGAGGAAGGCAAAUCUUCGCAACACAUGGAUACGUCAGGCCGACUUCAGCAAGGCGCAGAUGGCAGGCGUACAGUUUGGCGAAUGGCCGUAUGUACAGGAGCUUGAUGUGGUGUAUUGCUGCUCAUAUUCGCCGAACGGGAAAACCUGUGUCUUUGGCCUUGCAGACGGCACGAUCAGUGUGUACGAUACCUUGACUUGGACGAAAACCCACACCUUACAAGAACAUACCAGCAGUGUUAGGAGCGUGGCUUAUUCCCCCAGUGGUCACCAGAUUGCAUCGGGCAGUGACGACAAAGCUGUGCGGCUGUGGAACACGCAAACCGGCGAACUUGGCCCCGUCUUAAGCGGCCAUACCAGCAGUGUUAUGAGCGUGACUUAUUCUCCCAGUGGUCACCAGAUUGCUUCGGGCAGUCGGGACCAGACUGUGCGGUUGUGGGACACGCAAACCGGCGCACCUGGCCCCGUCUUAAGCGGCCAUACCAGCUAUGUUAUGAGCGUGGCUUAUUCUCCCAGUGGACGCCAGAUUGCUUCGGGCAGUUGGGACGAGACUGUGCGGCUGUGGGACACGCAAACCGGCGCACCUGGCCCCGUCUUAAGCGGCCAUACCUUGAGUGUUAUGAGCGUGGCCUAUUCUCCCAGUGGACGCCAGAUUGCUUCGGGCAGUCGGGACGAGACUGUGCGGCUGUGGGACACGCAAACCGGCGCACCUGGCCCCGUCUUAAGCGGCCAUACCAGCUAUGUUAUGAGCGUGGCUUAUUCUCCCAGUGGACGCCAGAUUGCUUCGGGCAGUUGGGACGAGACUGUGCGGCUGUGGGACACGCAAACCGGCGCACCUGGCCCCGUCUUAAGCGGCCAUACCAGCAGUGUUAUGAGCGUGGCCUAUUCUCCCAGUGGACGCCAGAUUGCUUCGGGCAGUCGGGACGAGACUGUGCGGCUGUGGGACACGCAAACCGGCGCACCUGGCCCCGUCUUAAGCGGCCAUACCAGCAGUGUUGAGAGCGUGGCUUAUUCUCCCAGUGGUCACCAGAUUGCUUCGGGCAGUUGGGACCAGACUGUGCGGCUGUGGGACACGCAAACCGGCGCACCUGGCCCCGUCUUAAGCGGCCAUACCAACAGUGUCUUGAGCGUGACUUAUUCUCCCAGUGGUCACCAGAUUGCAUCGAGCAGUGACGACGAGACUGUGCGGCUGUGGGACACGCAAACCGGCGCACCUGGCCCCGUCUUAAGCGGCCAUACCUUGAGUGUUGAGAGCGUGGCUUAUUCUCCCAGUGGACGCCAGAUUGCUUCGGGCAGUGACGACAAAACUGUGCGGCUGUGGGACACGCAAACCGGUGCACCUGGCCCCGUCUUAAGCGGCCAUACCUUGAGUGUUAUGAGCGUGGCUUAUUCUCCCAGUGGACGCCAGAUUGCUUCGGGCAGUGACGACAAAACUGUGCGGCUGUGGGACACGCAAACCGGCGCACCUGGCCCCGUCUUAAGCGGCCAUACCUUGAGUGUUAUGAGCGUGGCUUAUUCUCCCAGUGGACGCCAGAUUGCAUCGAGCAGUGACGACGAGACUGUGCGGCUGUGGGACACGCACACCGGCGCACCUGGCCCCAUCUUAAGCGGCCAUACCUUGAGUGUUAGGAGCGUGGCUUAUUCCCCCAGUGGUUACCAGAUUGCAUCGGGCAGUGACGACAAAACUGUGCGGCUGUGGGACACGCAAACCGGCGCACCUGGCCCCGUUUUAAGCGGCCAUACCAACAGUGUCUUGAGCGUGGCUUAUUCUCCCAGUGGUCACCAGAUUGCAUCGGGCAGUGACGACGAGACUGUGCGGUUGUGGGACACGCAAACCGGCGCACCUGGCCCCGUCUUAAGCGGCCAUACCAGCUAUGUUAUGAGCGUGGCUUAUUCUCCCAGUGGUCACCAGAUUGCUUCGGGCAGUUGGGACCAGACUGUGCGGCUGUGGGACACGCAAACCGGCGCACCUGGCCCCGUCUUAAGCGGCCAUACCAGCUAUGUUGAUUGCGUGGCUUAUUCUCCCAGUGGUCACCAAAUUGCUUCGGGCAGUUGGGACCAGACUGUGCGGCUGUGGGACACGCAAACCGGCGCACCUGGCCCCGUCUUAAGCGGCCAUACCAGCUAUGUUAUGAGCGUGGCUUAUUCUCCCAGUGGUCACCAGAUUGCUUCGGGCAGUUGGGACCAGACUGUGCGGCUGUGGGACACGCAAACCGGCGCACCUGGCCCCGUCUUAAGCGGCCAUACCAACAGUGUUGAGAGCGUGGCUUAUUCUCCCAGUGGUCACCAGAUUGCUUCGGGCAGUCGGGACCAGACUGUGCGGCUGUGGAACACGCACACCGGCGCACCUGGCCCCAUCUUGGGCGGCCAUACCAACGAGGUUUUGAGCGUGGCUUAUUCCCCCAGUGGUUACCAGAUUGCAUCGGGCAGUUUGGACCAGACUGUGCGGCUGUGGGACACGCAAACCGGCGCACCUGGCCCCGUCUUAAGCGGCCAUACCAGCUAUGUUUACAGCGUGGCUUAUUCUCCCACUGGUCACCAAAUUGCUUCGGGCAGUUGGGACCAGACUGUGCGGCUGUGGGACACGCAAACCGGCGCACCUGGCCCCGUCUUAAGCGGCCAUACCAGCUAUGUUGAUUGCGUAGCUUAUUCUCCCAGUGGUCACCAGAUUGCUUCGGGCAGUUGGGACCAGACUGUGCGGCUAUGGGACACGCAAACCGGCGCACCUGGCCCCGUCUUAAGCGGCCAUGCCAAUGCUGUUAAGAGCGUGGCUUAUUCUCCCAGUGGUCACCAGAUUGCAUCGGGCAGUGACGACAAGACAGUGCGUCUGUGGGACGCGAAUUCGGGUCGAUGUCUAGUAGUUGUAAAGGAUUUUCAUGGAUCAAUCAACUCCAUUGCCUGGAAAGCAACUCCCGGCGACACCUAUUUGGUAACCGGCUGCGGUGAUACUUUUGUUCGCGUGUGGCAAAUCAUUGAAGAGAAGGGCAUCUUUCAGUCGCUCCUGCAAUGGAGUUCGGCACAUGACAGACUUGCUGUGUCAGGCGCAUCCAUGGAAGACGCGCAAGGCUUGAGCAGGGUUAACAUGAGGCUACUCCAACAGCGCGGAGCUGUGGGCGACCCAAAACCAGUGAUAACACUUCAAACUGCAGGCAACAUAAUGAGUACCGUGGUGUCUGCAGCAUCAAAGUUCAAGCAGUUGAGAAACAGCAAGAUGACAACGAGCUCGUUCACAGUAUAUUCGCCCGUUCAACAGCUGGACGUAUAG